UAUCCAUUGGAGUCUCUCCUUCUAAUGGCCCCCUCACAUUUUUUUAUUGUGUCUAAUAUCUGCUUCAAUUAAAUUUAAAUCGUACACAAUUCAUUUUUACUAUGAUCGUCGGUAGAUUUUAUUUUUUUCUAAUACACACUAAUUCAAAUACAAACCCUCCCCCCCUCCCCCACCACAACCCCAUUCCUUCUUAAGUACUAUAUUAUAACAUCAUUUAGACAACUCUUAACAUGUCCAGCUUUUCUUCUUCUCUCUUUAUACUUUGUGAUUCUUUACCUCCAUUUUCCUCUUAUUCUUAUUCUUCUUUUUUCACCUUUAGUUUUCAUAAAGUUUCUUGCUUUUCUACUUCAAGAACAAACCCCGUUACUUUAAUUUCCAAAAAGAUCAUAUUUUUACAGUGUGAAAAGAGUUUUAGAAGAAAACCCUUCAAGAAAAGACAUUUAAUUAGUAGUAAGAUGACAAUUACUGAGUACAGAGAUGAAGAGGAAGAAGAGUAUCCUCCUCUUUUACUUGAAUCUGAGAUGAAAGAGCCUAGGCGUAUUGCUCUCUUUGUUGAGCCUUCUCCUUUUGCGUAUGUUUCUGGAUAUAAGAACAGGUUCCAGAAUUUUAUCAAGUACCUCCGAGAAAUGGGGGAUGAGGUUAUGGUUGUGACAACUCAUGAAGGAGUGCCUGAAGAAUUUUAUGGGGCAAAGUUGAUAGGAUCACGGAGUUUUCCCUGCCCCUGCUACCGGAAAGUACCUCUCUCACUUGCUCUUAGCCCUAGAAUAAUCUCAGAGGUAGCACAGUUCAAGCCUGAUAUCAUACAUGCAUCAUCUCCUGGUAUAAUGGUAUUUGGUGCUCUUAUCAUUGCCAAACUUCUAUCUGUGCCGAUUGUAAUGUCUUAUCACACACAUGUGCCAGUGUACAUACCGAGAUACACCUUUAGUUGGCUGGUUCAACCAAUGUGGAUGGUUAUAAAGUUUCUUCAUAGAGCGGCUGAUCUUACUCUGGUGCCAUCUGCUGCUAUCGCAAAGGAUCUGGAAGCUUAUAAGGUGACAUCAGCAAACAAAAUACGUGUGUGGAACAAGGGUGUUGAUUCAGUGAGCUUCCACCCCCAAUAUCGGUCUCAUGAAAUGCGAGUAAGACUAAGUGAUGGAGAACCUGAUAAACCAUUGAUAGUCCAUGUUGGACGACUUGGAGUUGAGAAGAGUUUGGAUUUCCUCAAAAGGGUCAUGGAUAGACUUCCAGAUGCUCGGAUAGCUUUUAUUGGAGAUGGGCCAUACAGGGAGGAAUUGGAGAAAAUGUUCCAUGGCAUGCCUGCCGUGUUCACAGGUACAUUAUUGGGGGAGGAGCUUUCCCAAGCAUAUGCCAGUGGAGAUGUUUUUCUUAUGCCUUCAGAGUCAGAGACCUUGGGGCUCGUCGUUUUGGAGGCCAUGUCAUCAGGGCUUCCUGUAGUAGCUGCCCGUGCCGGGGGAGUUCCAGAUAUCAUCCCUGAUGAUCAACAGGGCAAGAUUGGAUAUCUGUUUAAUCCUGGGGACCUUGAUGACUGCAUGAGCAAACUAGUGCCUCUUUUGCGCGAUACUGAAUUGAGAGAAACCAUGGGGAAAGCUGCACGUGUAGAAAUGGAAAAAUACGACUGGAAGGCUGCAACAAGAAUAAUUCGUGACGAACAAUACAGUGCAGCCAUUUGGUUCUGGAGGAAGCAGAGAGCACAAUUUCUGAGACCAUUUCAAUGGUUGUUUCAGCGUAUAUUUGCAGCUCCAGAAGUCGACUGUAGGUGAUAAAUCCUUUUCUCUAAAAGCAUAGACUUUCUUUUUUAUGCUUUGGAAGGUGUAUCCUUCAUAGCUUUGCAUCAAGAUGUUUUUGUAAGGGUGCCCCACCCUUCGAAUGGGCCCUACCCCCGUCAUGAAUUCAGAUUUGUCAGGCUUCAAUGCAGGUACCAGACACCGGAUUGAAAACCAAAACGAAAAAAAAAUUGCUUGUAGAUUAUUGACCUGAAAAUGUAUUAUGAUAUUUCCUGUCAAUUGAUUGUACAGUGUAGACCUCAAAACUAGGUCUGUUGUGCUAUUAUGUAUUCAAGUGAACUCAUGUACAUGUAAGUUUAUUUGAAUUUAAUGAGUGCAUAUUCUACUGUCAAAUGAAUCAAAUCCUGUAUUAUUAUUUUUUUGAGAUGAAGCAACUUUCUUGAGGGUCUCAACGAAUCUGGUUAUCGAAUGACUGAACAAUUGGAGAGCAAUUUACUCACAAUACUUAAGUUGA